GACUUGAAGGGCUGGGCUCAACUAGAAUGGGGGGACGGGUGGAUCUACCCAAAUAAUAACGGCUUUUACUGCCUCCAAAACCACCUUUGUUAAAAAUCGCAGAAUAUGGUCCACGUCUUUGGACUUGACAAGUUAUGUUUGGCUUCAAGGUCGACCCCACAUUGCGACUAUAUGGCUGUAAUGCUAAUGUUGCGGUGCAGUAAAUGCCCGGGUUUCUAUAGCGCUGUUUUUUGUGGUAUGGUCCAGUUGGGACUGAGAACCUGCGGGGUUAAAAUAGGGGGGAAUCGACUUCAUUAUUGAUUAUACCAACUACAUUUCUGAAUGAGUUUAGAGUGUCGUGAUUUUUUACGGUGGCUUUUGUUCCGACAUGCGGUUGUAUUUAGACACCGUUUGCCGGGCGGCCUCGUCAGCAAACGAUGACCGCGUUUUUCCUCGUACCCCCGCAGAGAGUCUUGUGUGACCGCUCGUGUUCAUGUCCUGUCAGCCGAGCGAAGCUGUCUGUCUGACUGGAGACCCAAAAUCUCGGUUGCAGAUGGCACGUGGGGUUGAAUUCAGUGCCACUUUGCUGAGAGAUUGCUGCUGCAGUGCCUCAUUGUUGCAGACAAACAGCUCCCCCCCCGGCAUGAGAUUAGUGCAGACCAUACACAUUUAGACAUUUUUCAUAAUGUUAAUUUUUGACAUGAUGCAUCAAGACAUCUAAUGUUUACAUCUGCCAGUCUCAAAUUCAUAUUAAAAUUAAAAACAGCCAUCCUUAUUUUACUUUAUUAUCACCAUGUUGCAUUAUUAUUAUUGUUGAGAUCACCCACAUCCUCUUAUCUGUGUGAAUUACAGGCAUCCUUGGCUCUCUCCAGAGUGAAGUGAUAGGUGACACGCUUGGCCAGAGGCCUGGCACCGUGCUGCCAUGGAGACCAAGCAGGAAGCCUCUGCUGUGUGGAGUCAGACUGCUAGCAACGAUUCAGAAAACGGCACACAGGUGCAUUUCGAAGGCGGUACAGUGGCCCAGAUAGUGUACAGUGGAGAUCAGGUGGACCGCGGACAGCAGCAGGUGGUUUACACAGCAGACGGGAACUCCUAUACCUCCGUAGAAUCUGCAGAGCAUACACUGGUCUACAUACACCCUGCAGAUGGCACUCAGACUGUAUUUGCUGAUCAGCCACAAGUGGCUUAUAUUCAGCAGGAUGGUACGACUCAACAGGUCACAGUUUUGCUGCCCAGUGGACAGAACAUGAAUGCUGCUAAUCUGCAUGUUCUCAGUAAUGUAGCAGAGGCUCCCCAAGCUAUCCUGGAGCCAGUUUCCCAGGAGCAGCUGUCUGCUUCCAAUUCACUCGCCUCCAUGGCUGACAUGGCGGACCCCCCCACCAGUCCCCUUGGGGCCACAGACUCAACGGACGAUUCUGACGAGGAUGAGGAUGAAGACUCUGAUAUGGACGACUGGGAACCUCGUGAGCAUCAAUCAUUCAACCCUCACAGCCUCUGGUGUGAGGAGUGUAAUAAUGCCAACCCCUCUGUGUGUCUGAAACACGGCCCUCUGCACCCCAUCCCCAACCGGCCGGUGAUGUCCAAAGCCCGGGCCAGCCUGCCUCUGGUCCUCUACAUUGAUCGUUUCCUGGGCGGGGUGUUCUCCAAGAGACGCAUCCCAAAGCGCACGCAGUUUGGUCCGGUGGAGGGACCCCUGGUUCCUCAGAGCGAACUGCAGGAACACUACAUUCAUCUGAAGCUGUGCAUGCUGGAUGCAGAGAAAGAUGGAGAAAAGUCCAACGACAUGUGGUUGGACCUUUCUGAUGAGGACAGCUGCAACUGGAUGAUGUUUGUGAGACCUGCUCAGACCCACCUGGAGCAGAACCUGGUGGCCUAUCAGUACGGCUCAGAGAUAUUUUACACAACCAUCAAGAACAUCCAACCCAAACAAGAGCUCAGGGUAUGGUAUGCGGCAUCAUAUGCAGAGUUUGUCAAUCAGAAGAUCCACAAUGUUACAGAAGAAGAGAGAAAAGUGCUCCGGGAGCAAGAGAAGAACUGGCCAUGUUACGAGUGUAACCGCCGCUUUGUGAGCUCUGAACAACUGCAGCAACAUCUCAACAUGCAUGAUGACAAGUUAAACUCUGUUACCAGAUCCAGAGGCCGGGGUCGAGGAAGGGGCAGGAGGAGAUUUGGGACAGGAAGAAGACCGGGACGCCCGCCUAAAUUUAUACGACUGGAUCCACCAGUAGACGCUGUUGGGGACAAGACAACGGAGAUGCUUGAGUUGACGGAGAAGCCGCUGGAGGAGCGAGCGGAGGGAGCUCAGAACGGGCUGAAGGUGGUGGAGAUGGAGCCCGAGGUGGAGACUGGGAAUGAGGCAGAGGGCCAGCUUAUACCUCCUGCGGGGGAACCGGUCCCAGAGUCCGUCAGCCCCCCAUCCAACACGGACCUGUCAGUUUCACUUAAGGACGAUCCGGCACAGAGUAGCCAAUCAGAUGCCCACCUCACAUCUCAGGACAUGCGUCGAGCCAAGAGGAUACGGAAUGCAGCACUGCAGCACCUUUUCAUCAGGAAGAGUUUCCGUCCUUUUAAAUGCACCCACUGUGGCAAGGCUUUCCGGGACAAAGACAAGCUGGAUCAGCACCUGCGGGUCCAUGGGCGAGAUGCCUACACCUUUUCCUGCCACAUUUGCAGCAAGAGCUUUAUGAGUGACUCAGCCCUGGAGGACCAUCUGCUGGUGCACACGGAGAACCGGACCUACUCUUGUCUCUUAUGCCCAGAAACGUUUGAAAAACUGGAAAUGCUCAAAGACCACGUAGGAGUGCAUGCUGUAAAUGGCUGCUUCACCUGUCCUUCCUGCAAGAAAACAUUUACGGACUUCAUCCAGGUGAAGAAGCACAUCCGCUGCUUCCAUUCAGAGAAGGUCUUUCAGUGCCCAGACUGUGAAAAGGCCUUCUGCCGGCCGGACAAGCUGCGUUUGCACAUGUUACGCCACUCUGACCGCAAGGACUUCCUGUGCUCAACAUGUGGCAAACAAUUCAAGAGGAAAGAUAAGCUGCGGGAGCACAUGCAGCGCAUGCACAAUCCUGACAGAGAGGCCAAGAAAGCUGACAGAAUCCAUCGCUCCAAAUCCCUCAAACUGAAGAUGCCCACCACCGACUUUGAGAGCUUCAUGUUCAAAUGCAGAGUGUGCAUGAUGGGAUUCAGACGCAGGGGAAUGCUGGUCAAUCAUUUGUCCAAGCGUCAUCCAGAGAUGCGGAUUGAUGAUGUGCCUGAGCUAACGCUGCCAAUUAUCAAGCCCAACAGGGAUUACUUCUGCCAGUAUUGUGACAAGGUGUAUAAGAGUGCCAGCAAGAGGAAAGCCCACAUACUAAAGAACCACCCCGGGGCAGAAUUGCCUCCUAGCAUACGUAAGUUGCGUCCGGCUGCUCCUGGUGAGCCAGACCCCAUGUUGAGCACACACACCCAGCUGACUGGCACGAUCGCCACUGCACCAGUCUGUUGCCCACACUGUGCCAAACAGUACAGCAGCAAGACUAAGAUGGUUCAGCACAUCAGGAAGAAGCAUCCAGAGUUUGCCCAACUCGCCAACGCCAUCCAGGCUCCUCUGACUACAGCUGUAAUCAGCAGUGCUCCUGCUGUCAUCAGUGCAGACGGUACCACAGCUGAGGCUGUAGUGACCACAGAUUUGCUGACCCAGGCCAUGACGGAGCUUUCUCAAACGCUGACCACAGACUUCCGCGCAGCACAGGGAGACUAUCAGAGGAUCCAGUACAUACCCGUGUCUCAGGCAGGAGGCAGCCUGUCCCAGCCGCAACAUAUUCAGCUGCAGGUGGUGCAGGUGGCUCCGGCUUCCUCCCCACAUUCACAGCACCCGACAGUAGAUGUGAGCCAGCUGCAUGACCCUCAUGGCUACAGCCAGCACUCCAUCCAGGUACAACACAUCCAGGUCAGCGAGCCUUCAGGCACUGGACAAGGUGCCACCCAGGUCACAGGUCAGCCUUUAAGUCCCACCUCCCAACAGCCUGGUCAGGACCUGAGCCCCACCCAGCUGACCCCUGUGACCUUAGCUCAGAGCCACACCUUGCAGACCAGUAGCACCCAGCAGCAGCAGCAGCAGCAGCAGCAGCAGCAGCAGGGGACUGUGCAGCAUGCUUACAUACCUGGGAACUGGAACUACAGAGGCUACUCAUCUGAGAUCCAGAUGAUGGCUCUACCUCAUGCUCAAUAUGUGAUAGCUGAGGCUAGCACACCUGUAUCUGGUGUCAACAGCAACCAGGUGAAAACGACACACUACGUUAUUUCUGAGGGUCAGACUGAGCUGGAGACCAAACAGACUGUUCCUCAGAACACAACCCAGGCACACACUGAACAUCUGGAGCAGCAGCCAACCAAUCAGCAACCCACCACACAGUACAUUAUCACCACAACCACCAAUGGCAGCGGCACUAGUGAAGUUCAUAUCACAAAACCCUGAACUGUACAGAGAUGCAAACCCAGCGGAGACCCAUGGACUGAUCCUGCAUGUAGACCUCAGCAGCUUGUACGCACAUAAACGAACAAACAAAAGUCAUAUGCACAUGGAUACAGACUUAUGUACACACAGAGCUAAUGGGUAUAAAUUGAUGACCAGCACAGUUUUAUGUGUCUAUAAAGUCUUAAAAUAUUAAAUAAGCUGGUAAAAUUAAGUUAGUAGAGAGAAAAAUGCAAGGUUUUGAUUUUGAACGGAAUAUUUUAGCAACAAAUAUAAAACUCAACCCUUGUUUUGUAAAGUGUAAUUUUUUUUUCAGAAACAUUUUCAUUGAAAUUGCUUAAAACAGUGGACAUUAUAUCAUUAUACCAAAUAUUGCGAAAGUAUGGAAAAUUAAAGUGAUCAUCUUACUGUGUGAGUUAAGAGUCUGAAGUGGUGGAAACAUUUUGUUGCUCAGUCCUUACGCAGCUUUGAGUGCCCAUUUUACAUAUUUGUAUAGUUACAGAAAUUUCUUCAAGUGUAGUAUUUGUAAACAAAAGUCUGUAAAGAAAUACAGAACUGAAAAAUAUAUAUAUAUAAAGUUGACCUUCUAAAGGUAAUUUUUGCCCAAUGUGAGUAUCCAACAACACAAUCUGUUAUAUUGUAUAUUACCAUAUUGUUGAUGAUAUCUGAUGUGAUUUUUCUCCAUUCAUUUCCUUUUUGGGAUGUCUCAGACAUCC